GGGGCCGCGGGGUGUCGCGCGGAGAAGAUGUAAGCGCGUGGGGUCUCGCUGGCCUCGGAGCACCAUGCAGAAGGGGAUCCGGCUGAACGAUGGCCACGUCGCGUCCCUGGGACUGCUGGCGCGCAAGGACGGCACGCGCAAAGGCUACCUGAGCAAGCGGAGUUCGGACAACACAAAAUGGCAAACCAAGUGGUUCGCGCUGCUGCAGAACCUUCUCUUCUACUUCGAGAGCGACUCGAGCUCGCGGCCCUCGGGGCUCUACCUGCUGGAGGGCUGCGUCUGCGACCGCGCGCCCUCCCCCAAGCCUGCGCUCUCGGCCAAGGAGCCGCUGGAGAAACAGCAUUAUUUCACGGUCAACUUCAGCCACGAGAACCAGAAAGCCCUGGAGCUGAGGACAGAGGACGCCAAGGAUUGUGACGAGUGGGUGGCAGCCAUCGCUCAUGCCAGCUACCGGACCCUGGCCACGGAGCACGAAGCGCUGAUGCAGAAGUACCUGCACCUGCUGCAGAUUGUGGAGACGGAGAAGACGGUGGCCACGCAGCUGCGGCGGCAGAUCGAGGAUGGGGAGGUUGAGAUCGAGCGGCUGAAGGCAGAGAUCGCGACUCUGCUCAGGGACAACGAGCGCAUCCAGUCCACCCAGACUGUCACCCCCAACGACGAGGACAGUGACAUCAAGAAGAUUAAGAAGGUCCAGAGCUUCCUGCGCGGCUGGCUGUGCAGGCGCAAGUGGAAGACCAUCAUCCAGGACUACAUCCGCUCGCCGCACGCCGACAGCAUGCGAAAGCGGAACCAGGUGGUGUUCAGCAUGCUGGAGGCCGAGGCCGAGUACGUUCAGCAGCUGCACAUCCUGGUCAACAACUUCCUGCGGCCGCUGCGCAUGGCCGCCAGCUCCAAGAAGCCGCCCAUCACGCACGACGACGUCAGCAGCAUCUUCCUGAACAGCGAGACCAUCAUGUUCCUGCACCAGAUUUUCUACCAGGGCCUGAAGGCCCGCAUCUCCAGCUGGCCCACGCUGGUCCUGGCCGACCUGUUCGACAUCCUGCUGCCCAUGCUGAACAUCUACCAGGAGUUCGUGCGGAACCACCAGUAUAGCCUGCAGAUCCUGGCGCACUGCAAACAGAACCGGGACUUCGACAAGCUGCUGAAGCACUACGAGGCCAAGCCAGACUGCGAGGAGAGGACGCUGGAGACCUUCCUCACCUACCCCAUGUUCCAGAUUCCCAGGUACAUCCUGACGCUGCACGAGCUCCUGGCCCACACCCCUCAUGAGCACGUGGAGCGGAACAGCCUAGACUAUGCCAAAUCCAAGCUGGAGGAGCUGUCCAGGGUAAUGCAUGACGAGGUGAGCGAGACAGAGAACAUCCGGAAAAAUCUAGCCAUCGAGCGCAUGAUUAUCGAAGGCUGUGAAAUCCUGCUGGACACCAGCCAGACUUUCGUGAGACAAGGCUCCCUCAUCCAGGUGCCCAUGUCUGAGAAGGGCAAGAUCACCAGGGGCCGCCUGGGGUCUCUGUCCCUGAAGAAAGAGGGCGAGCGACAGUGUUUCUUGUUCUCCAAGCAUCUCAUCAUCUGCACCAGGGGCUCUGGCGGGAAACUGCACCUGACCAAGAACGGGGUCAUCUCCCUCAUCGACUGCACCUUGCUGGAGGACCCAGAGAGCACGGAGGAAGAAGCCAAAGGGUCCAGCCAAGACAUAGACCACUUGGAUUUUAAGAUCGGGGUGGAGCCCAAGGAUUCCCCGCCUUUCACGGUCAUCCUGGUGGCCUCGUCCAGACAGGAGAAGGCGGCGUGGACCAGUGACAUCAGCCAGUGUGUGGACAACAUCCGCUGCAACGGCCUCAUGAUGAACGCGUUUGAGGAGAAUUCCAAGGUCACCGUGCCGCAGAUGAUCAAGACUCUGACCCAGGACGACCCGGGUGACAACCAGGUCACGCUGGAGGAGAUCACACAGAUGGCAGAAGGCGUGAAGGCAGAGCCCUUUGAAAACCACUCAGCCCUGGAGAUCGCCGAGCAGCUGACCUUGCUGGACCACCUCGUCUUCAAGAAGAUCCCUUACGAGGAGUUCUUCGGACAAGGCUGGAUGAAGCUGGAGAAGAAUGAGCGGACCCCUUAUAUCAUGAAAACCACGAAGCAUUUCAACGACAUCAGUAACUUGAUUGCUUCAGAGAUCAUCCGCAACGAGGACAUCAACGCGAGAGUGAGCGCCAUCGAGAAGUGGGUGGCCGUGGCCGACAUAUGCCGCUGUCUGCACAACUACAACGCCGUCCUGGAGAUCACCUCGUCCAUGAACCGCAGCGCAAUAUUCCGGCUGAAAAAGACGUGGCUCAAAGUCUCCAAGCAGACAAAAGCUUUGAUUGACAAGCUCCAAAAGCUUGUGUCAUCAGAGGGCAGAUUUAAGAAUCUCAGAGAAGCUCUGAAAAAUUGUGACCCGCCCUGUGUCCCUUACCUGGGGAUGUACCUCACCGACCUGGCCUUUAUCGAAGAGGGGACACCCAAUUACACGGAGGACGGCCUGGUCAACUUCUCCAAGAUGAGGAUGAUAUCUCACAUCAUCCGAGAGAUUCGCCAGUUCCAGCAAACUGCCUAUAAGAUAGAACACCAGGUGAAGGUGACCCAGUACCUGCUGGACCAGUCCUUCGUCAUGGACGAGGAGAGCCUCUAUGAGUCUUCCCUGCGAAUGGAGCCCAAACUCCCCACCUGA